AGCCUCUCUGGUGAAUUCCCACAAUUUGUGCAAAGCUGCACAAGUUUGGGUUUCCUGGAUCUUGGAUGGAAUAGCUUCUCUGGAACACUGCCAAUGUGGAUUGGGGACUUGGUGCAGCUACAAUUUCUGCAGGAAAUAAUAUAUCAGGAACCAUACCUCGGGGUUUGUCGAAUUUAACUGCUAUGACACAAACAAAAGGAAUAGUUCAUUCAUUCCCUUACCAAGGGUAUGCAAGUGUAGUUGGUGAGCCUGGAAAUAGCUUGUCUGUGGUCACCAAGGGCCAAGAACUCAACUAUGGUGUUGGAAUUUUGGAUAUGGUAAGCAUUGACUUAUCACUCAAUGACUUGACUGGGAUAAUUCCAGAAGAAAUGAUUUCUCUUGAUGCGUUAUUAAACUUGAAUCUAUCAUGGAAUCGCUUGAGUGGCAAAAUUCCAGAAAAGAUUGGGAUCAUUCGGUCGUUGGAAUCGCUUGACCUAUCGAGAAACAUGCUCUCCGGAGAAAUCCCUUCAAGCUUGUCAAAUCUGACAUAUCUAAGCUUCUUGGAUUUGGCUGACAACAAUCUUACAGGAAGAAUACCGUCAGGAUCGCAACUUGACACCCUCUAUGAGGAGCAUCCAUAUAUGUACGGUGGCAAUAGCGGCCUCUGCGGGCCGCCUCUUCGAGAAAAUUGUUCAGCAAAUGAUGCAUCAAAGCUAGAUGGACAGGAAAUAGCUGAGCGUGACUUUGAUCCAAUGUCCUUUGGUUUUGGACACUGUUUGGGGUUCGUGUUCGGUCUAUGGGUUGUGUUCUGCGUCCUAUUGUUCAAGAAAUCUUGGAGGCUUUGUUAUUUCUGCUUCAUUGACAGAAUAUACGAUCAGAUAUAUGUCUUUUUAGUUCUUACAUGUAAAAGAUUUGGCAGAGGGUGAUCUGUUAUGUAGGGUUAAAAGCAAAGCAUUAUGAAGUUGUUGACACUUGAACUUGAAGACAUGAUACUGAAGAAGCAUAUAGCAGCAUCUUACUCUGCUAUUUUUGAUCCAUUGAAGCAACUGUCAAGAAUAUCAGACUAUGUCUAAUUGUAUAUAGCUCUUGGUUUGAAAAUAAUAAUUUUUGCACUCCUCUUAAAUGAAUGUAUUUCUGAAGACAGAGAAUUAGUAUUUCACAUUCUAUCCACAUUUUAUAUCUAAUGAAAAUCGCAUCAGCACCUCUGUUAUGUAACAAAGGUGAAUAGUGCUAAUGCCAGUUUGCAACUUUGCAUAAAUGCAGAUUUUGCACAGUAAGAGUAAAUCAAACAUUAAGCUUUUCAGUUCA